CUCGUUAUCACCUUGUUUAACCCAAGGUCGCCCAUCAACGCGUCUCUCUCUCGUGGUUCCACUCAACUGCCUACGCUUGCACGUGAGUCCAGUAUUCUGCCGCGAGAGUGACGCGCCCAAGAGCUCGUCCGCCCUACCCCGUCCAUCACCACGGAACCUUGAGAUCUGCCAACAACUCAUCCAAUUCCCAUCGUGGCAUUGAUAAAAAACAAUUGCCCUGGAUGACGGCCUAAUUCAAAGCGCCAAUAUCCCUUUUGCUUCGACAUUUUCUUCCUUCCCGCUCGUGUAGUCGUGUCCAAAGGCUGAGCUGGCGUCGACAGCUCGCCCCUUCACGCGCAUCGCACACCAACUAUGUCCAGCAAGCGCAAGAGAAUCUUCGACUUUGAUCCCAACGAAUCCGACUCCAACGACGAAGACUUUGAUCCCAACGCACCCGGACCCCGUCGAAGCACAAAGAAGAGCCGCUCCUCCAAAGGCCCACCUACCCACCGCAAGAAGCGCCGGGGCUAUCGCGGCUCAGACAUUGACGACGACGCAAACGAGCUGCUCAACGACAGCGACUUUGGCUCUUUCAUUGAAGACUCGGAAGACGAAGACGCCCCCAAAAACGCUGCCGGUCGUCGCACAAGAAAGGUUGCCGUAAGCAAGCACAAUUACCACGAAAGCAGCGAAGACUCCGAAUCGGACGAAGAAGAUUCCCUCGCCGGCGACGAUAUCAGCGAGCAUCACACACCUACCGCAUCCCGCAUUGUAAAGCUUAAAGUUUCUAAAGGAGCUUUGCUUAACAUGGGUCGCCGCACAACUAGGGCUGCCGCCACCGAUGACGAGGAUGACUUUGUCGAGCUUUCCAAGUCUGGUCACCACGCUGUGCCCUCUAGAGACUCUCGCAGUCAUAGCCCCCAGGCCAUGGCGCGUCGCUCUUCUCGCGCUUCCAAAGUCGUUCACGAUGCUCCCGAGACUAUAGAUGAGGCUACACAAGAGAGCAGCAUGCCCAAAUUUGCCGAAUCCGACGACGAAAUGGAUGCCUACGACGACAUGCCUCCCAAGCAGGAAGAGCAUGAUGAUGAGGAUGCCGCCGAAAAGGAGGAAGAUGAAGAUUAUAGUGCCAAGGCGGCCGAUGCAGACGAUGACGACGACGACGAUGUAGUCGCUACUAGACGUGGCCGCUCGCGUCGCGCCAGUGGCCCUGCUGAGGAACAGGACGAUGUUCGCCCUAGUGAGGAGGGUAGAUCCCGACGCCUAAGGCAUAAGAGCAAAAAGUCGAAUCAAGAUGAAAGCAGCGAUGACUGGGAACCCAAUGCUGACAACGAAGUGUCCGAAAAAGAUGACGAUGAAUUGGAGGAUCUUGAAAGUCCUACACCCGCUGCGAGACGAUCAAAGACGCGCUCACGCGCCGGGGGGGAUUCUGGUGACGAAGAACCCGAUAUGGACAUGGAUGAGCUCAAUGAGGAGGCUCGCGAGCUCAAAAAGGCAUCUCGGCGCCGACGCCGUGAAUCACCCGUCUCAUACAACGAGAGCACACGUCGAGCGCGACCCAGAGUUAAUUACUACAUGCCGCCACUGACUUCCGCCAACAUUGAAGAAGACGAGGUGGACGAUGCUGCUGCCACCCCUGCGCGAAACCGUCGACGAGGCGCCGCUAGCACAUUAUGGGAGCGCAACCUCAAUACUACAUACGGCCCCUUUGGUGGUGCCAGCGGCGCUGGCUCGCUCCUUAAUGGACCUUGGGGAACUGGGGCCGCUGGAGGUGCUGCCGACUCAGACAGCAGUGACGAUGAAAUGGUACACCGCGCGACUGUUGCUGGCAACGUCGGUAUGACGCCUACCUCAGCAGCCCCAGGUGGCCUCUUGCCUGGUUUUGGCCCGCCCAACAUGGAUGGCGCUCCCAAUGUUGGCAAGAUCAAAGAUCGUAAAGCCCUUGCCGAUGCGGACCCUCUGGGUGUCGAUAUGAAUGUCGACUUCAGCAAAGUUGGAGGCCUUGAAGGGCAUAUUGACCAACUCAAGGAAAUGGUCCAGCUUCCACUGUUGUACCCAGAGCUUUUCACCAGAUUCCAUGUUACUCCUCCACGAGGUGUCUUGUUCCAUGGCCCUCCCGGUACUGGUAAAACACUGCUUGCGCGAGCGCUGGCUAACUCUGUUGGUGCUGGUGGCAAAAAGAUUUCAUUCUAUAUGCGUAAGGGUGCUGAUGCUCUGAGUAAAUGGGUUGGUGAAGCAGAGAAGCAAUUGCGUCUUCUGUUUGAAGAGGCUCGAAAGACGCAGCCUAGCAUUAUCUUCUUUGACGAGAUUGAUGGUCUGGCACCGGUACGAUCCAGCAAGCAAGAGCAGAUCCAUGCUUCUAUUGUAUCGACCUUGCUUGCACUCAUGGACGGAAUGGACGGCCGCGGUCAAGUUAUUGUCAUUGGUGCCACAAACAGGCCCGACAACAUUGACCCUGCCCUCCGUCGCCCAGGUCGAUUUGACAGAGAAUUCUACUUCCCUCUCCCAGAUAUCAAAGGCCGACGCUCAAUCAUCAACAUCCAUACCAAGGACUGGGGUCUAAGCGACGAGUUCAAGGGAUCUCUUGCUGAAAAGACAAAAGGCUAUGGCGGUGCUGAUCUGAGAGCCCUCUGCACCGAAGCUGCGCUAAACUCAAUCCAACGAACCUAUCCUCAAAUUUAUUCGUCAAAGGAAAAGCUGUUGGUCGAUCCAUCCAAAAUCAACGUUCACUCGUCCGACUUUAUGAUCUCCAUUAAGAAGCUCAUCCCAUCCUCGGAACGCUCUGCCACGUCUGGUGCUCGCCCGCUGCCCGCCGCCAUUCGCCCACUGCUUGAGAAGCAGUUUUUGCGCCUGAAGCAGAGUUUGGAGUUGAUUUUGCCUCCCAAGAAGAAGAUUACUGCCCUUGAAGAGGCUAUGUUUGAGCAGUACAAUGAUAGCGACCACGGUUUUGCCCGUGAAAACCUCGCUCAGGAAUUUGAAAGAGCUCGCGUUUACCGACCAAGAUUUCUUGUUUAUGGACCACCAGGUAUGGGCCAUGGUUACCUGUCUUCUGCGCUUCUGCACUACCUUGAGGGUGUGCAUGUGCAAAAUUUUGACCUUCCUACGCUUUUAGGUGACGGCCGACCCAUCGAGCAGGUUAUUGUCGGCCUAUUUGCAGAAGCCAGACGCCAUAAACCUAGCAUUAUCUUCAUCCCCAAUAUCGACGACUGGUACGCGACACUUGCUUCUUCGAUUGCCCUCGUUACGUUCAAGACUAUGCUCAAGUCCAUUCCGCCAACUGACCCCGUCCUCCUUCUUGGUACUGCAGAGUGCUCCGACGAUGAACUGCGAGGAAGCGAUGUUUGGCGUGAUUUCUUCAGUACUUCGGCCAAGAGUCGAGCCCUAAUUGACAGCCCUGGCACUGCGGAGCGCCGGGCAUACUUUGCCAACACGCUAAAUUUGGUGAAGAAGAAUCCAGGAGAGUUCCCCGAUAACGAAAACCGCAAGAAGCGAAAGCUUGAGGAACUUCCUUUGGCGCCUCGAAUUGCCCCCAAACCUCCAAGCAAGGCAGAAAUGAAGGCACAAAAGAAGCAGGAUCACCAGUGGCUCAACGGCCUCAAAGUCCACCUGCAGCCCAUCAUGGACCAAAUUAACCGCAAAUACAAGAAAUUCCGCCAGCCGGUGAUCGCACCAUCUCAGAUUGAAUAUCUGUUUGUUGAGUCAGACCCUAAUUUUGUCCGACCCGACAUUGCAGAAGCCGAGACUCGGCCUUACACCAUCGUCAAGGACAAGCACAACAAUGACGUGUUGAGGGAUAGCCUUACAGGCAAGACGUUUUACAAUCUCGACACCACGACGAUUGAGGAACGUUUGUCCAAUGGUUUCUACUGCCGCCCACAAGACUUCCUCUUUGACAUUCGAGCACUGGCAAAGGAUGCCAAGAAUAUCGGCGACAAGGAGCGUACCCUCAAGGCCAACGAGUUGCUAAGCAAUGUGGAAGUGGAUAUUGCCACGAUUGAGGCCAACAGCGCAGCAAUCGACUGGGAGGCACUAUACCAGCGACAGGUCGAGAGGGCCAAGCAGGCCGCAGAGAAGGGGCGAAAGAAAGCCGCCAUGCAGUCCAUCUUGGAUAGAGUCCAAUCGGAUAUCACUGGUAACGACAGCGAGACUCAAGAGCCUGUGACUCUAGGAGAGAUUGUUCCGGGAUCUACCACGACAGCGCAGUUCCAGCUUAAGACACAGGCAGCAAUGGACCAGAGCACCUCACACCCGUCGCAGCUUAGCAAUGGCGCCCCAACCAUCAUUCACCACGAAGGUGAUGUGACGAUGAGUGGCAUGGAAGAGGCCUCGCAAUUGGUAUCGCCUAUGGGACCACCACCAAAGUCGCAAGACCGAUUCGGCGGCACAGGCAUGACACAAAUCUCCCAGCAGUCUGCAGUCACACCACUGCCGCCAGGCAUGUCCCCCUCUGCUGUGAUCAACGAUGCGGCGACUACAAAGACUUCAGACCCGUCCGAGAAACGAUCAUCCAACUUUGGCACCCCAGCCACCAAUGGGCAUCACAGCAGUGGCGAUCGGGACCUUCCGGACACGCUGAACCGCACGCCUUCGACGCAAGAAUCAUGGAUUCAUUCUCAAGUGCCCGCUUUGCGCGAGCAGAAUGCCAGCCAGCAGUCGUCCUACGUGUCGCCGACAUCUGCGCGCGUGGCAACAGAAGAGGAAAAAGCCAGCCAGCAGGUAAUUGAGAUUCGACAGUCUGACCUGGACGCAACGCUUGACAGCAUCGUCACGUACACGUCCAAAUGCACCAUUGAGCAGAUGGAGUAUCUGAACCGCGAGCUGAUGGAUGCCAUCUGGAUGACGAGAGGCGAGUGGAACCGCACCAAGGCGAUGACAGCCGUCGACUCCGCCAUCAACCAAGCAAUGCCCGAUAUCGAUGGCAUCCAAGGCGACUGGACACCAAGCCAGCGAUCUGGCAUGACUGUUUCCGCGAUGCAAUCCAUCGAUAUGGAUAACCACUAAGGGAUAUUGCCACAAUUGUGCGGCGAGGCCUUUUGGUAUUGGGGUGGAUGAGCCAAAGGAAAAUGUAUAAUGGAUUAGGCAGACAGGCAGGCGUUGGAGAUUUUGUAUUGUUUUAUGUUUUUGGACAGUUGUCGUUUGUUUUCCUAGAGUCUUUGGCUGCGUGUACUAGGCUUGUUGUGAAAGUUAUCUGUGCGUUUUGUAUACAAGAGUGUGAGAAGAAGAGGAAGAGAAAAAAAACCACCAAAAGAGAAUAUUAGAUAUUAAAUCCACGUAUAUUUUAUACUAAAUAAAAGGAAGAUCGCUAUCGUUGUCAAAUUGUUUUAUCACAUCAACAAGACGAACCCUUGUCGUCCAGAUGCCCGUAUUCUACUCCUAGUACUUUACAAUUUGGCGAGCUUGGUGCUGUCCAUUCUCUUGCCUUCGUCGUCUUGCUCGGCCACACGCAGAGAUGGCAACUUGGCGGGCAUGAUGCGGCGGGGAUUGGAGCCCUCGACGACAUUGUACUUGGAAAAGUCUGUUACGCCGCAAUGGUCGCGAAGGAAGUCUUCGUCGAGAACGAGCUCACCAUUGACAGUGGCUGGGUCUGCGCGGAUGAUGGCCAGGAUGGCAUCCGAGAAGAUGGUGGGCUUGCGCAGAUCACGCUCCUCCUCUGGGUUUGUCUUGGUCAUGCGCUCUGUGGCAGCAGAUUCAACAGC